AUGGACAAGUCGCUCAACACGGCCAUGCGAGCCAUCCUCCCGGUCUGGAAGACGACGCCGCUCAGCGCCAGGCACCGGGAGGCGGGCAUACCGCCAGUUUCGCACCUGCUCCAGGCGUGUCGAACGCGCUUCGCAGCCCGUCUCAAGUCCUCGACGAAGCGCACCCGCUUGCGGUUCGCCAGCGACCAGCGUGGACCCUUGCAAACUGCGCCGAAAGAAGAAUCGGCGGCAAACUUCGGCGAGUGGCUCCAAUCAGUUGCUCCACGGACAGCAAUCGUCUACUCGGACGGAUCCCUCUCCCGGAGGAGCCGCGGGGUACGGCUAUGCGGCAUGCCGUCAGAUUCCUCCCAGAAGGAGUUCCUGGAAUUCCAGGCCUUGGCCGCAGAACAUGGUGCCACUGAGAUCCGCUGGAUCCCCGGCCACACCAACAUCCCAGGUAACGAGCAGGCAGACGCCUUAGCAAAGGCAGGAACCUCUCAACCCGAGCCUGCAGACGCUCUCCCGACGCUGGCAUAUCUGCGCAAGGUCGCUAGGCAGCGACCAAAAGACGCAUUCAAAGCCUGGUGGGAAGUUUCUGCACCCCAACAGUACAGGGUCCUCGACCUCGAUGCCACGACUGGCUGCCCGCCAGAACUUACCAUUCCACGACCUCUGCUCCACCAUCUGCUCGCAGCAAGAACCCACCACGGGGACUUCGCUGAUUACCACGAAAGGUUGAACCACGACGAUGCGCGACUGACGUGCUCAUGUGGUCGACGAAAGAACCAAAGCAUCUCUUCUAUUGCCGGAAGAUCGCGCCGCGACAUCGGAUGA